CCCACUAUGCCAAGUCAUAUGGUUGUGUCGUUGUGUCUCGUCGACCCCGCAGACGCUAAACAGCAAUGUCCACUCCGCUGCGCUGUGACGUAGUGGCUGCGGUGAUCCUGGCAAGGUGGUCGUGGCCGGUUUUCCGACAAAGAGAUUGGAGCAUGGCGCGGCUAAAAUAAUUGCCCCUUCAAGCCGUCGUAUCGUUUGGAAACCUCUCAACGCCCUUGCGAGCUCCCCGCCGCAGCAUGAGCCAGUCUGCUCGUCCUCGCAUGUUGACGGAAUAAGCCGCGCACCAGCUGGGAUUGAGAUGUUCACCGCAGCUCCAGAUUUCCUAAGCCAAAGGGUAUCUUUUCUUAUUCUUUGGCGCGCCACAAUCGACCGACGUACCAGCAGGCAGAUGAACGGCUCGCGCCUCCGGAGAGCCGCGACUGAGGUGUAAAGACGUAAGUCUGAGACCCAGAAGUUGAGUGCUCGGGCGAUCUCUGCUGACAACAGUAAUGAUGGCGACCAUGAGACUCGGCAGCUUCGGGGCAGCAACAUCGAGUUGGGCAUCCAAAAGGCCUCUGGGACCGACAUCAGUCGCCCCGAAUCCUCCCGCCGUGCCAAACGAUCACUCAAAUCACAACAACCCAUGGCGUUGGGUGAGAGCAGGGCCCAUGACAAUGCAGCCGCCGAGAGACAGCAAGGAUCGACAACAGGAUCAACACUGGUCUUUUUGCUUCUGAUUCUCAAGGGGUGCAAAUAACCCCGGUCUCGAGCCUAGAUUGGAUGGAUCCUGCGUUCUCAACCCCUCAUUCCCCCCUCUCUCCAUUACCAUGCUGUGUCUGCGUCCACCUUCUC